AUGACAGUUUGUACUGACCAAAUGGAUCCAGCCAAGGAUCAGGCUUCAUCUGCAGGACCAGUCCAGAUCCUAGCCACACGCCUAGAUCAUCAAGAGGCUGCACAGGGUCAGGUGAUUCAUUGCCUGCAAGAAUUGUCCAUUCACCUAGAUGUUGUUCAAGCUUUACUCAAGGGUCAUGGAGCUACACUUCAUUCACCUUCACAUCCUCCAGCUUUUCCUCCAUCUUCAGUGUCUCGGCUCCAGCUUCCUAUUCCUACCAAAUUUGACGGGAACCCCAAAAAUUGCAGUUUUUUAUUAAUCAAUUAUAUUAAGUCCAAUAUGCUCAAGGGAUUUAUUCGCCCCUCUUCCUCCCCUGCUGGUGCGGGCUUCUUUUUCGUGAAGAAAAAGGACGGGGGGUUGAGACCAUGCAUCGACUACCGCGGCUUAAACGACAUUACUAUUAAGAAUAAAUACCCCUUGCCACUAAUCACAGAAUUAUUUGAUAAGGUUCGUGGUGCCCGCAUUUUUUCCAAACUCGACUUGAGGGGAGCUUAUAAUCUUAUACGCAUCCAAGAGGGGGAUGAAUGGAAGACUGCCUUUAAUACCCGAGAUGGGCAUUACGAAUACUUGGUGAUGCCGUUUGGUCUUAGUAAUGCUCCUGCGGUUUUCCAGGGAUUCGUCAAUGAAAUCUUUCGUGACAUGCUGUAUCAGAGUGUUGUGGUAUAUUUGGACGACAUACUGAUCUUUUCCAAGAAUCUUGUCGAACACAGGACUCAAGUCAAAGAGGUGCUCCACCGUUUACGAGAGAAUCAUCUCUAUGCCAAGCUUUCCAAAUGUACCUUUGAAGUAACAUCUAUUCCGUUCCUCGGUUAUAUCAUCUCGGGGACGGAGCUUCGCAUGGAUCCGGAAAAGCUGUCUGCCAUUCGUGACUGGACUCAGCCUCUUUCUUUGAAAGCAAUACAAAGGUUCCUGGGCUUUGCGAACUACUACAGGAAAUUCAUUAAGGGUUUCUCCACCAUUGUUGCGCCCAUGACCGCCCUGACGAGGAAGGGUUCUAAUCCAAGUUUGUGGCCUCCGGAAGCCAUUGUAGCUUUUUCUCACUUAAAGUUAGCUUUCAUGACGGCUCCAGUUCUCCAACAACCAAAUUUCGAUGAACCCUUCUUCUUAGAAGUUGAUGCGUCUUCAGUCGGGGUUGGGGCUGUUCUCUCCCAGUACUCCUCUGAUAAGAAAUUACAUCCGUGUGGCUUCCAUUCUCGUAAAUUCUCUCCGGCCGAACGAAAUUACACUAUUGGAGACCAGGAACUCUUGGCUAUCAAAUCUGCCUUGGAAUAUAUUAAGUCCAAUAUGCUCAAGGGAUUUAUUCGCCCCUCUUCCUCCCCUGCUGGUGCGGGCUUCUUUUUCGUGAAGAAAAAGGACGGGGGGUUGAGACCAUGCAUCGACUACCGCGGCUUAAACGACAUUACUAUUAAGAAUAAAUACCCCUUGCCACUAAUCACAGAAUUAUUUGAUAAGGUUCGUGGUGCCCGCAUUUUUUCCAAACUCGACUUGAGGGGAGCUUAUAAUCUUAUACGCAUCCAAGAGGGGGAUGAAUGGAAGACUGCCUUUAAUACCCGAGAUGGGCAUUACGAAUACUUGGUGAUGCCGUUUGGUCUUAGUAAUGCUCCUGCGGUUUUCCAGGGAUUCGUCAAUGAAAUCUUUCGUGACAUGCUGUAUCAGAGUGUUGUGGUAUAUUUGGACGACAUACUGAUCUUUUCCAAGAAUCUUGUCGAACACAGGACUCAAGUCAAAGAGGUGCUCCACCGUUUACGAGAGAAUCAUCUCUAUGCCAAGCUUUCCAAAUGUACCUUUGAAGUAACAUCUAUUCCGUUCCUCGGUUAUAUCAUCUCGGGGACGGAGCUUCGCAUGGAUCCGGAAAAGCUGUCUGCCAUUCGUGACUGGACUCAGCCUCUUUCUUUGAAAGCAAUACAAAGGUUCCUGGGCUUUGCGAACUACUACAGGAAAUUCAUUAAGGGUUUCUCCACCAUUGUUGCGCCCAUGACCGCCCUGACGAGGAAGGGUUCUAAUCCAAGUUUGUGGCCUCCGGAAGCCAUUGUAGCUUUUUCUCACUUAAAGUUAGCUUUCAUGACGGCUCCAGUUCUCCAACAACCAAAUUUCGAUGAACCCUUCUUCUUAGAAGUUGAUGCGUCUUCAGUCGGGGUUGGGGCUGUUCUCUCCCAGUACUCCUCUGAUAAGAAAUUACAUCCGUGUGGCUUCCAUUCUCGUAAAUUCUCUCCGGCCGAACGAAAUUACACUAUUGGAGACCAGGAACUCUUGGCUAUCAAAUCUGCCUUGGAA